AUGUCAAAGUGUGAAAAAUGCAACAAAAAUAUUACAAGAACUCGUCCUGGAGUGGAGUGUCAUCGUUGUGAGAAGAUGGUGCAUUUGAACACUGAAUGCUCAGGGCUUACUACCAAACAAAGAAAUGCGCUUCGUGCAAAUAAAAACCUAGAUUGGUCAUGUUCUGAAUGCAAAAACACCUCAUCUAGACGAACUUCGAUUAUAAUAAAUUUAGCAGCACAGAUUCUGACAUCAAAAUUAGAAAAAGCCAUUAAGGACAAUACAUUUACUAGUAAAAUAUCUAAACGUAAAACACCACUUAAGCCUUGGAUUACUGUGGGGAUUGUAAAUUCAAUUCGAAAGAGAGACAAAAUGCAUAAAAAAUUAAAAAAAGAUUUAAAUAAUGAGCAAUUGGGACACAUAUACCGAAACUAUCGAAACACAUUAAAUAGAUUAAUAAAACAAUUAAAAAUAAAUUAUUAUAAAGUGUUAUUAGAAAAAAAUAAAGGCAAUAUGAAGGAAACUUGGAAUACAAUAAAGGAAAUAUGUAAUAUGGUAAAAAAGAAAGAAUCUUCCACAGAUUUACUCAAACAUUGUUUAAAUACUACUCACUCUCUUGACAAUGUUAAUAGGUUUUUCGCAACGGUUGGUUAUAGUCUUGCAAAUGAUAUUUUAUCCAAACUUAACACUACUGACAGUUCUCUUUCUCUAUUGGCAAAAUGCAAAGAUGCACCAAACGGUUCAAUGUCCGUCUACCUAACCGAUUCGGUGGAAGUUUCAAGCGUCAUCUGCAGUAUUAAAUCAAGUAACUCAUCGGGAUAUGAUUGUAUUACGUCUAAAAUUCUAAAAGAUAACAUAAAACACAUUUCGGAACCUAUUGCAUAUUUAAUUAAUUUGACAUUUGAAUAUGGUGUUUUCCCCAAAAUCUAUAAAAAUGCAAUUGUCUGUCCCAUAUAUAAAUCUGGGGACAAAUCUUCACCGAAUAACUAUCGCCCAAUUUCACUAUUAAGCACAAUGUCUAAGGUUCUCGAAAAAAUAUUCAACAAGCGACUAAUGAAUUAUUUAGAAAAGAAUGAGCUUUUGGAUAAAAACCAAUUCGGUUUUCGUGCUAACAGGUCCACAGAUGACGCUGUACUUCAACUUACUUCAAAUAUUACACGUUAUCUUGAUAAAAAUGAAAAGGUAAUAGGAGUAUUCCUGGACCUUCAGAAGGCAUUCGAUACCGUAUCUGUUCCAAUAUUAUUAACACGUUUGGAAAAUAUGGGAAUCAGGGGAAAUGCACUUAUGUGGUUCCAGGACUACCUUUCGGAUAGGAAGCAACGUGUUAGGGUUGAUGGCUUAUUAAGUAAUGAAUUCAGCUCCAUUUACGGUGUGCCACAAGGCAGUACACUUGGGCCAAGCCUUUUUUUAAUUUACAUAAACGAUUUGUGUAAAACUAAUCUCAAGGGUGCUGAUAUUCAAAUGUUUGCUGAUGAUACAGUCAUACUGUUUCAUGGCGAGUCUUGGGAAUGUGUACAUCGUCUUGCUGAAGACGGUCUUCGUACUAUUACAUCAUGGUUAGAAAACAGCUUGCUAACACUCAACACAAGUAAAACAAAAUAUAUGUGCUUCAGUAAAACUAAUAUUAAUUCACCCAAAUCUUCUAGUUUACAAAUCCAUUCCUAUCCUUGCAAUCGACAAGCCAAUACCGAGAAUAAAUCAUGUACUUGCUCAUUAAUCGAAAGAGUAAAAGUUAUAAAAUAUCUAGGAAUAAGUAUUGAUGAUAAGCUCAACUGGAAACAGCACAUAACAUCUGUUGCUAAUAGACUCAGGAAAUUAGUUUAUGUGUUUAGAGAAUUGCGCACUGUUUCAGAACUUCCACUCUUAAUACAAACUUAUAAAGCACUUGCAGAAUGUGUAAUUACAUACUGUAUAUGUUCGUGGGGAGCAGCAGCUAAAACACAUUUAAUAGAACUUGAACGAGCACAAAGAUAUCUCCUCAAAGUAAUAUUAUACCUUCCAUUUAGGCAUCCAACUGCUGCAUUAUUCAAAACGGCAAACGUACUUUCUGUGCGCCAACUAUAUAUCUAUAAUUGUAUAAAAAAAUACCAUAAAUUUACGGUACCAUAUCUUCCCUCCACUGGAAAAAGACGAGAACGUUUCACAGUUGAGCGAGUGAGAUGUAAGAUUGCUCGACAGCAUUAUCAAUUUCAGGCACCAAGACUUUACAAUUACUUUAGUGUAAAUAAUAAAUUGAGAAACCUAUCUAUGUACCAACUAAAAUCCAAAGUUUUAUUAUGGUUACGUAAGUUGAAAUACAACGAGACGGAAAAUCUAUUAAAAAUAACUCAAUAG